AUGGGGGAGGAGCCCCUUGCAGUUUCCCUGCAAGACGUGCAGGCCGCGGCAGCAGUCAUUGCCCCACAUGCAAAGAGAACCCCGGUGCUCACGUCGCGCACCCUGGAUGCGCUGAGCGGUCGUUCUCUCCAUUUCAAGGCUGAAAUCUUUCAGCGCAUCGGCGCCUUCAAAUUCAGGGGCGCAGUCAACGCCAUCUUUUCCCUGACCGACGAGGAGGCGGCGCGGGGGGUGGUGACCCACAGCAGCGGCAACCACGGCGCGGCCGUGGCCUUGGCCGCACAGCUGCGAGGCAUCACCGCCCACGUCGUGGUGCCGGCCAACACGCCUGAGAUCAAGCGCGCCGCCAUCCGCAGCUAUGGCGUGGAACCGAUUGUGUGCGAGGCCAGCAUCGAUGCGCGCGAGGCAGCCUGCGCGGCCAUCCAGAGAGACACGGGGGCCACAUUUGUACCUCCCUACAACCACCCCGCCGUGAUUUCUGGGCAAGGCACCAUUGCGCUGGAGUUCUUGGAGCAGGUGCCGCAGCUGGACGCCAUCAUCGUCCCUGUCUCAGGCGGCGGCAUGAUCAGCGGCAUAGCGGUGGCAGCCAAGGCAAUCAAGCCCUGCAUAAAAAUCCUGGCGGCGGAGCCGGUGGGGCGCAACGCGGCAGCCGAUGUGUCGGCAUCAAAGGCGGCAGGCGAGCUGGUGCAGCUGCCCAAGCCGGUCACCAUCUGUGACGGGCUGGAGGCACGGCUGGGGUCGCUGACCUGGCCCAUUGUGAGCAGGCUUGUGGAUGACGUGCUGACGGUGACUGAGGAGGAGGUUGUGGCGGCCAUGCAGCUGGUGAUGGAGAGGAUGAAGGUGCGCGGCAGGAGGCAACGUUGACUUUACUGCCCACGUUUCCGAUUUUUGGCAGCGCUGGCUCACAGCAACGACUUCCACAGCCAUGCAGAGCGACCCUGCGCACUGAUCCCUAUCGCUGCUCCGUGCACUAUGUGGUAAACACCUAGUAACAAGGCUUGACAAGCUAAUUGAAUGCAAUGCAUGCUAAAGAAUCUUGAAAGAAGAAUGUAACAAUGCUCGCUA